ACAGUCCCCCCCCCUGAGAGCCCGAGAGUCAGUCAGUGUUCACAGCACCAUGGAGAUAACGACUCUGUGCGCUGUCGUAGCCAUCCUGAGAGUCCUCCCCAACAGAUCCCAGUUCUUUCGGUAUGAGUCCGUCAGUCUGAGCUGUGAGCAGCUGGGAGGUUCUACUGGUUGGACGGUCAAGAGGAACACAUCCAAGAACACAAAUGAAGGCUGUUCCAAAGUAUGGGAUGGAAAAAAUGAAUCGGAGUGCUUCUCCAAUGAUCUCUACCCAUUCGACAGCGGCGUGUACUGGUGUGAGUCUGCAGCAGGAGAGUGCAGCGACACUGUCAACAUCACUGUUUACCGUGGUUCUGUGAUCCUGGAGAGUCCUGCUCUUCCUGUGAUGGAGGGGGGCGAUGUGACUCUGCGCUGUACAAACAGGAACACUUCCUCCUCUGAUUCUUCUGAUUUCGACAUGACUGAUUCCUCCAAUAUCACCGCUGAAUUCUACAAAAAUGGCCUCUUCAUCAGGAGCAGCUCCACGGGAAACAUGACCAUCCGUGGUGUUUCCAAGUCCAAUGAAGGACUCUACAAGUGCAACAUCCCUGGAGUCGGACAAUCCCUGGACAGCUGGCUGACUGUCCGAGGGGGACGUUCAGAGGAGCCCGAUUCUCCUGGCGCAUGCAUUCUACUUCCUGUCGUGCUCGUGUGCCUUGUGCUGAUUGCGGUGAUUUUUGCGACGCUCUUCUGCCUCUGGAGAAGACGUAAAGAAAUAGUCGACCCUGACGUCUCGUACACCGAUGUAACCAUCACACCGGGAGUCCAACCAAACAGGAUCACAGAUUUGGAUGCCGUGCCGACCUUCUACUCGACGGUCAGACCCGGAGACGCCUGACACGAAACCUCAGCACCUCCACACAUGUGUACAGUGACAUUCUGAUGGAGAUGACCACAGAGACGUUUAAUCACACAGCGUUUUGAACAGUUUAAAAUAGCUUCAUGUCAGGGCAUGGUCAUGUAGAAUUUGACAAUCUUUGGUCAACGCUUCAUGAGAAAACGUGUCAGAGUUUGGUUUAAUGUUGACGUUAUCUUAUUAUACUUUCUACUCUGUAAAAUAGUGUUUCAGAGGCUCUUUGCAGCCGUGCAACUGCGAAAAAGAAAACUAACAACAAACCCUGACAGAUAAAGAAGAGGUCAGAAUUGCAGAGUCCGGUUUUUAUUGAGGGUUUGACGCCCUGAGUGACGUCUUUUAUUAGACAUGUCCUCACAUGAUCCAGUAUUUAUAGACGUGAAAAGGGUGCAGCCUUUUACUACACCGUAAAUGUUUGACUUCAUUGAUAUAUGCGCGUAGUAAAUUCUUUGCCUCGCAUAUUUGUGAACUAUUUUUGGCAGAGAGUUUCUAUGUGUGUCAAACAUUGACUUCCACUUUUCGCUCGGUUUGACUGACGUCAUCCAGCAGGGAUUUCCUCGCUCAACUCACGCCCACAGGAAACCUCGAUGAGUUUCACUGGAAUUAUCACACCACAGCUGUUCCCUCAGCAAUCAAGCUGUAGUUUACAUGCGUCAGAGUUUCCCACUCAAUGAGAGCAAAACUGUUACAUACAUGUUACAAAUGUUUAAAGAACACAGUACAGAACUCUCAAUAUGAAAAAACGGCGGAGGCGGAGGCCAACAUUAAACAAGAGGUUCAACCGUCUUGGUUUCCAGGAGAGACAGAGGUCAUCUCUCAGAACAUUUAAUUAUCAGGAAGCUUCUCUUGAUGCUGUUAUAAACCGGUACGAGGGAUACAGAGCGAGGGAAGACUGUCCACUUAUUCACGUUGGAUGGCAAGUUUGUCUUGAAUGUGUAAAAUAAAUAAAUAAAUAAAGCAGAAGUUUU